AUGGGAUCAAUUUGUUAAUCGCAUUCUUGUGCAAUUGAAUACACAACUCAAUUGAGCACAAGUGUUUACUUUCUCAAGCCAUUGAUUGAUUAUCAAUAGGAUGACGAGAUAAUCGAGGAAUCUUAGUCUCCUACUGAUUUUGAAAAGGAGUUUACUACCACUAAGUCAAUGGUGCCCAAAUCUCCAGACGUGAUGUAAAGAUCCCCUUAGAGUUCGCCUACUCCUAAUGAUUCAGUUGUAAUAUAAAAAUUUCAUAUAACAUCUGACGAUUUCGUGAAGUUUCGAUAUGAGAACUUUGCUGAUUCAUAUUAGAUCGAAAGAUCCCUGGGUUCUGGCAGUUACGGUGAAGUGUUUAUUGUCAGAAAUAAGUAAACAAGUAAGUUGAUAGGAUUAAUUUUUAGAUUAAUUGAGAGCCAUGAAACAGAUUAAGAGACAAUAAAGUUCGAUGACUAGGAAGGCUCUAAGAGAAAUGGAGAUUCUCUCUAAGUUGGAUCAUCCAUUUAUAGUGAAAGCAAUAGAACUAUUCUAGGACGAACAGAGUUAGAACAUGAUUUUGGAGUAUUUUAGUUUAGUUUACAUAGGUUGCUUUAAGGAACUGAUCUCUAGGAAGACAUAUAAAACAAUCACAGUUUCACGGAAGAGAAGGCUGCAAAAAUAGGUUAUCAAUUGUUGUUGGCAAUAAGUUACAUCCACAAUCAGGAUGUGGUUCACAGAGACAUCAAGCCGGAAAACAUUCUAUAUCAAUAUAACAAUGGAAAUACGUACAUAAAACUCAUUGAUUUUGGUAUUUCUACUGAAAUCAAGAAGAAUCGGAAACUAAGUUCUCAAUUAGGAUCAGUAAUAAAAUCAAAACUUAUAUUAGAUGUACUUUAUGGCUCCUGAGAUUUUCAGCAAAGACUAUGGCAAAUAGAUUGAUAUUUGGGCUUGCGGUGUUACUUUGUUCUAUAUGGUUCAAAAAAGAUAUCCUUUUAUGGGGAGGACCAAUUAAGAGAUGAAAAAUGCUAUUAAGAGUGGAAAAUUCUCGUUUGAUAAAUCUAUUACUCCUGAAUUAUAAUGUCUUUUGAGUAAGAUGUUGCAAAUCAAUCCCAAUAAAAGGAUCACUGCUUUAUAAGCAUUACAGGAGGAUUGGUUUGUUAAACAUAAAUUUGCAGGUCAAAUCAAUCAACAAUUGAUAUUUAAAUUAAUAAAUUAUCAUUCCACAACUCUAUUCGAAGAAUUGAUAUUCUCUCUCAUAACUUAUUUUUUUCACAAUAGUGAUGAUCAUGGCUCAGCCAUAUAAACAUAUUUAUAUCUGGAUGCAGAUUAGGAUGGGUAGAUUUCGAAAUAGGAAUUCAAAAAAUCCCUACAUUAACUGGAUCUUCCCAAUUCAAAUUAGCAGAUCGAUGAUCUAUACGCAACUCUGAAUAAGUAACCAGAUGAUACACUCACUUACAAGGGUAUGGUUAUCAAUAAGAUAGUAGAAUUCUUGGCAGCCUCAGUAGCCAGAGAUAAAAUUUAAACAAAGAAAUGCCAGAAGUUUUGUUUUCAAUUGAUUGAUCAUGAUCAAGACGGUAAGAUAUCGGAAUCAGAUUUCUGUCAUUUAAUGGGUAAGAACCACUCCAAUCUUUGGCAUCUCCUAAAUCCUUCGGAUAGUUUAUACAUCACUGAGGAGGAAUUUUAUAGCAUGUUCAAAUCAUGA